AUGUCAUCUACUAUUCAUGCUCUUACUCCGGCUGGAAGAAUUAAAAAACCUUCCUAUUCAACAAUUGCAACAUGGGUUAAGGAAUCAUGGGAUAAAGUUGAUGAAGAUCUUAUUAGAAGGUUAUUUAAAUGUUGCAGAAUUUCAACGAAUACUGAUAGUUCAGAUAAUAAAGACUUAUUUGAUUAUGAUAAAUUAUUGGACAUGCCGGAGGAUGAAGAUGAAGUAGAUUUAGAAG